UAUAUAUAUGGAGGAAGGAGAGGGUGCCGAACUAAGAGAUCUCCAUUACGGAACCCCGGAAGAACAUCAAUGGCUAUCCCAGCAGGAUAUGUAAUACAUCUCUUGCAGAAUGAUGCCCUUUACAAGUAUAUAUUGGAGACAAGUGUUUAUCCACGAGAGCACGAACAACUUAAGGCAUUGAGAGAGGCGACUAAGAAACAAGAUUGUCGUUUCUGGAUGGUGCCUCCGGAGGAAUGCCAACAUCUUUCUAUACUUCUAAAGCUCAUGAAUGCAAAGAAGACACUUGAGCUUGGUGUGUUCACAGGUUAUUCACUCCUUGCGACAGCACUAGCAUUACCGGCGGAGGGCAAGGUCACAGCAAUUGAUAUUAACAGAUCCAACUUUGAGAUAGGACUGCCAUUUAUUCAAAAAGCGGGAGUUGAGGACAAGAUUAAUUUUAUUGAAUCAGACGCUCUCUCUGUUCUUGAUAAAAUGCUCGAGGAGACUCUGACAGGGCCAUUCCCUUUCCACUUAAACACUGCCAAGCCAAGUACCAUUCUAUUCAUAUGGUAAAGGAAGAUGAGUUGUUUGAUUUUGCAUUUGUUGAUGCUGACA